AUGAUGAUGAACACCAACAAGCAACAACAACAAACGCCUGGAACCCCCACCAAACAACCAACAGGGAAUGGAAACUCCUUGUUCUAUGCAUCAUCGGCCUCUCCAUCCCAUGUGGUUUCUUCUCCGCAACAUGUCAUGCUACAACAUUCUCAACUUGCGCAUCAUGCUCCACCGAUGCAUUUAGGAAUUUUACCAUCCACGACCAGUAUUGGAGGAAUGUCCACUCUUCAUCAUCAUCCUCAUCCUACUGGAAUGAUGAUACAACCUCAUCAACCAUUUGUACUAGGAGGGGGAGGAGGAUCUUCUUUGGAAGAUUUUCAUCAUCAUCCAUCAACACAGCAACAAAAUUGGUUGAGUAAUCAUUACUCAUCAUCAUCAUCACCCUUUGUUAGUGGAGGAAAUGUAGUAGUAGCAGGGAAUACAACCAAUCAUGUAUCAUCCUCCUACUUUGUACAAUCACCCUCAGCAGCGACCUCCAAUAGUAGCAGUAAUAUGAUGCAUCAUCAUCAUCAUGGAAGAAUUUCUCAGCAGCAGCAGCAGCAGCAACAACAACAUUCCUCCAUGUUCAAUAACAACACUCAAGGAAAUCAUCAUACCAAUAUGAUCAAUCCAACAAUGAUCACGAUGUCGAACACCCAACCACAACAACAACACCCAUCAACUCCAAGUAAUAACAACAGUGCUAAUGCAACACUAUUAGGAAGUGGAUUAUCAGCCAAUAAUAGACCUGGAUCUCCACAUUCUCAGGAAUCUUCAGACUCGAACAAUUCCUCGAAUGGACUACCUACGAUCAAUACUUCUUCUCUCAAACGUAGCACUAAGAGCGGUGGUAAUAAUAAUAACAACUCCAACAACACCAACCACAACAAUCAUUACUAUACUAGCAGCAGUAAUAGUAGUAGUAAUAACAGUAAUAGCAAUAACAACAACAAUCAGAGUUCAGGUCCUCCUACCAUUAACACUUCUAACUUGAAACGUGCCAAUCAAAGUCGUUCUGCAAUAACACCCAAUCGUACGCAUCAACCAUCUCAACUCUCUAUGAAUCAAAAGAGAAGAAAUGAUGGUGCUCAGCAACAACAACAUCCGCACGGUCCAAAUACUAUUCGUGCCAAUAGUGUCAGCUCUCCCACUCAAGCAAAUUCCAAUUUAAAUGAUGUAGUGAAGAGAACACUUCAUCUUCGAUCGCAAUAUUUGUCGUUAUGUGAUCAAUAUGGAGUCAAACCAAGUCAAGAAAUUAUUCGUUUGUUGAAAGUUGCAAUUCGUAAUCAGGAUCCUCUCACUAAAUUGUCGAUUUGUCAUGCUCAGGCCGACGAUGAACAUGUCAAAGCAUUGGUCAAUGCAUUGAUUUCAUUCCAAGAUAGAAAUAGACCAAGAAAAGGUCUCACUUCUAAUUCAUCGACUUCUACCAGCAGCAGUAGCAGCAGUAUCAAUGCUGUCACAACAUUGUUCGAUGUCAAUGAAAUUCUUUUGAAUCACAACAAAAUCACGGACAUUGGAGCAAACAUGAUCAUUCAAGAAUUACUUCUUCCUCAAUCUCCUUAUCACAAACAAAUUGUGAGCAUUGAAUUAUUUGGCAAUGAAUUGACAGAUUCAUGUUGUGAAUUGGUUGCAGAAAUGCUUCGUACCAACAAGGUGCUAAAAAGACUCAAAUUAGGAGAUAACAAGAUUGGACCUGAAGGAGCUCGAAUUAUUGGUGAAGGAUUGAAACACAAUCAAACAUUGUCACAAUUGCACUUGGGAGGUAAUAAUGUAGAAGUAGUUGGAAUCAAGUCCAUUGCUAACGCUCUCAUCAAUAACACUUCAUUGACUUCUCUUGGAUUGAGAGAUAACGGAAUUGGAAGCGAUGGAAUGAAAGCAUUGGCUGAAACUCUCAAAUCCAACACUCAACUUUCUGACAUUCAAUUGAAAGGAAAUAAUAUUAAGGCCACAGGUGCUUCCUUCCUUGCCUCUGCUUUGAUGACCAAUCAAUCUCUCAAAGUUUUAGAACUUCAAUCCAAUGCCAUUGGUCCAGUUGGUGUGAAAAGUCUUUGUCAAGCUCUUAAAGACAAUCACAGCGUUCAUGCUCUCAAUUUUAAUGAUAAUGAACUUGGAGAUGAAGGAGCACUUCAUGUCGCCAAUUUGCUCAAAGUGAAUCCUUCCAUUACAACUCUCGGAUUGGCCAGUAAUAGAAUUAGAAAAAAGGGAGCGGUUGCUCUUGCUGAUGCAUUACGCUGUGAACAAACUGCUGUGACUGGACUCGAUUUAGGAUCAAAUGAAAUUGGAAAUGGAGGAGCUGUGGCUCUAGCAGAUGCUCUUGCUGUCAAUAAGGUAUUGACAUCAUUAGAUUUAAGAAGUUGCGAAAUUCACUUGAAAGGAAUUUUAGCGCUUUCAACCAUGUGCGAUACUAACACCACGCUAAGACAUCUAGAUCUUGGAGCCAACUAUGCCAAAAAUCAAGGUGCAAUUAGUUGGGCUCAAGUUCUGUCUAAAAACAAAUCAUUGACAAGAUUGUGUCUAACAGACAAUCAAAUUUACCACGAAGGUGGUGAAGCAUUAGCCGUUGGCUUGCAAAGUAAUUACACAUUACGUAAUUUUUCAUAUGGUGGUCAAGGCCCACAACAAAACAAAAUUGAUAGCUCUAUUAGGCGCAUCAUUGAUAGCAUUGUAUCAGAAAAUAAGAAAUAUUGGGAACAAAAUCAACAAUCAUCCGAAGUGACCUAUGAAUCUACCAAUCAGAUGAGAACUGUGGAUAUUUCCAAGAUGAGAUUACAACAACAAAUGUAUUACAAUCGAAUGACAGACGAGAAUGGUGAAGAAUACAACAAUGAACAGCAUGAUGAUUUGUCAGGUAGUGACGAGAAUAAUCUCUCAGAUACUUUAAUGUCACCAAGUGAAUUCCAUAGCACCAUCAUGUCUCCACUCUUUCCACAGUCACCAGCAGCUGAAGGUAAAAAUUAUAACUCCAUGCCAAAUUGGCUUCUCUCAUCCGUUCACAUUCCAAGAUCAAACGUUGAUCCUGAAGAAAUUGAUUCCAAAUUGGAAUUUAUUUUCAAGAACAAACUCUUGAAAGCAGAAAAUCCAAAAUUCAAAGGAUGUUAUUUUAUUGGAAACAUUGUAAAUACUUUGAAAAAGGUAUAUCCAGAAACUAGAAUUGAUGAAGGACAGUUAGUGCAAUUUGCCAUGAAUAAUCCUAAAUAUCAAGUUCACCUUUCACGUGAAAUGGUUAAAACUCAGAUGAAAUACAUUGGUGACAAUUCAGAGCAAGUUCCAAAAACUGGAAAUAUUUCAGCAGCAACUUCAAAUAGUGACACACCGUCACUACUUCCAAUCCAAAAGAAGGGAACAAAAUCCACAGUUCGUACCAAGGGCAGUGAACUUUCCUCUCCAAGCAAUGACCAAUACAAAAAGUCAGUGCGUAUUGACACUUCAAAGAUUGGUAUUGCUGAGGCAUCGUCGGACAUGAACGAUAUUUCGACAUCCACUGGUCCAACCUCCCCUUCAGAUCGAACCUUGUCACCAACAUUGAAUAUUAGUACAAGUUUCCAUGCUCCUCUCAAUAAGAGAGCUCUCACAGAUCCUGGAUUUGGAAUGGUCAAACAAGACAGUUCUUCUGGAUUGUUAUUGGGUCAACCAUCCUUAAUGGAAACUGGUGGAUUAUUUACUUCCUUCUAUUCACCACUUCAACCUUCCUCUCUCUUCACAUCAUCAUCCUCGGGUGCUACUCAAUCAAAUCCCAAUCGAACAAUGUCACCAUUCAUUGAUAGUACUUCUUUUGGAAUGGGAUCUUUUGCAGGACAUGGUACAGGAAUGGUUGGAUUUUCAAGCAUGUCCAAUUCUUCUUCGUACUCAAUGUUUUCAUCUCCUUCUUCUCAUUUGUCUCAACAACCACCUCAUUCAAGUAGCAGCAAUUUAACUUCUCAAUUUUUCGCGAGUAAUACUUCUCAACAAGGAGUUCAUGAAAGACAAGCUUCCGAAGAUUCCUAUACUCGGUAUGACAGUAUGGUCGACAAACUGGUUCAAUAA